AUGAGCUGCUCAUUCAAGUACGUGGACGAGCUGAUGAACACCCUACAGCUGGCCGUCCACAUCCCCACCUUCCUGCUGGGCCUCCUGCUCAACGUGCUGGCCAUCCGCGGCUUCAGCUCCUUCCUGAAGAGGAGGUGGCCGGACUACAAGGCCACCUCCAUCUACAUGAUCAACCUGGCCAUCUUCGACCUGCUGCUGGUGCUCUCGCUCCCGUUCAAGAUGGUCCUGUCGCAGGUGCGGCCCCCGGUGCCGGCCUUCUGCACGCUGGUGGAGUGCCUCUACUUCGUCAGCAUGUACGGGAGCGUCUUUACCAUCUGCUUCAUCAGCCUGGACAGGUACCUGGCCAUCCGGUACCCAUUCCUGGUCAGCCACCUGCGGUCCCCCGGCAAGAUCUUCGGCAUCUGCUGCACCAUCUGGGGCCUGGUGUGGGCCGGGAGCAUUCCCGUCUACAGCUUCCACGGUGAGAUGGAGUACAAGUGCUUCCACAACAUGUCGGAUGGCACGUGGAGCGCCAAGGUCUUCUUCCCGCUGGAGGUGUUCGGCUUCCUCCUGCCCUUGGCCGUCAUGGGCUUCUGCUCCUCGCGCAGCAUCCAACUCCUGCGGCGCCACAGGGACUACACCCAGGACUGGGUGCAGCAGAGGGCCUGCAUCCGCAGCAUCGCCGCCAGCCUGGCCGUCUUCGUGGUCUCCUUCCUGCCCGUGCACUUGGCCUUCUUCCUGCAGUUCCUGGUGAGGAACGGCUUCAUCGCGCAGUGCGGGGCCAAGCAGAACAUCAGCUUGUUCCUGCAGCUGGCCUUGUGCUUCUCCAACGUCAACUGCUGCCUGGAUGUCUUCUGCUACUACUUUGUCAUCAAAGAGUUCCGCAUGGACAUCAUGGCCCGCCGGCCUUCCAGGGUGCAGCUGGACACCGUGACUUCCAGGGGCUAA